AUGGAGGCACCCCGUAGCCACCUUGGCUCAAGCCGCUCCGCUCCAGAGCUCGCUGCCCAGGCACUCGCGCACCACCCGGGCACCCCGCCCGCCCUCCACUUCGGAGCCAUGGGACAGGGCAUGCCGCUCCCCGCCGGGGGCGUGCGCAUGGCGGUGCCGAUGCAGCGGGGCGAGCAGGCGCAGUGGCCGGUGUCGACGAUCCCGAUCGAGAGCCUGGAGGCGACGGCGCAGGAGUGGUACCGCUUCCGGGAAAACUCUUGGGGCGUGAAGCUCUACAACCAUUAUGGCAUCUUCAUCGCCGCCGUGGUCAUCCUGAUGGUGCUGCUGGGGCCUGGCUGGCGCCUGGCGAUCGCAGGCGCCUGCCGGCUGGACGACUCUGGCCAAUGCCACACCUUCCAGCCGAGCACGUGCGACCAAUUGCCGGGCUGCAUCUUUGUGUACGAGAGGGGGGAAGGCACCUGCACCCUGGAGUCGGCCUUUACCGCGUGCGAGGACCAGAAGGACUACUUCGGCAGGGUGGGCGUGCUGAUGCUCGUCAACCCCAUCUUGAUGGUGGGGCUCGUUCUGUACGUCAAGUGCCGGCUGCUCCCACGGCUCCGGGACGAGGCAGGCGCCCGCCUGGCCGCCCCGCUGUCCCAGGCCCUGGCCGGCACCGGCUGGUCGGUCAAGGCCCACUCGCUGGUCCGGAGCAGAGGCACGCAGGCGCCGCAGGGCCUGCGCCAGGGGUGCUGCUCCCCGGGGUGGAUCUGGCUGGAGUUCGUGCCCCACGACAGCCCCGUGGUGGGCGCCCCCCCAGCCGCCCUCGCCGCGCCACCGGCGCCGGACGGCGCGGUCACGGGCUUCGUGGUGGACGAGCCCGGCGUCGCCCGGGCCCGGGAGCUGCAGCCCGUCCUGGCCCACGGCGCGCCCCCGGGGCGCCUGCGGCCGCUGCUGGCGGCCUGA